AUUAUGACAGAGGAAAACCGCAGAGAAAUCUGCAAGUACCUUUUCAAAGAAGGAGUUUGCUUCGCGAAGAAGGAUUUCAAUCUGGCAAAGCAUCCAUUGAUCGAAUCAGUACCCAACCUGCAAGUGAUCAAGCUCAUGCAGAGUUUCAAAUCCAAGGAGUAUGUCAGGGAGACAUUCGCAUGGAUGCAUUACUAUUGGUUUCUGACCAACGAAGGGAUUGAGUUCUUGAGAACAUACCUUAACCUUCCAUCUGAUGUUGUUCCAGCUACGUUGAAGAAGUCAGCUAAGCCUCUUGGUCGUCCUUUUGGUGGCCCACCUGGUGAUCGCCCAAGGGGUCCUCGUUUUGAAGGAGGAGACCGUCCCAAGUUCGGUGACCGUGAAGGGUACCGUGGAGGUCCUCGUGGUGGUGAAUUUGGAGGUGAAAAGAGUGGCGCUCCGGCAGAUUUCCAGCCAUCUUUCCAAGGAAGUGGCCGUGGUUUUGGCCGUGGAGCUGGUGGUUACAGCGCGGCUGCACCAUCUGGUUCAGGUUUACCUUGA